UGAUCCCUUACCCGCGCCGGGGUGAGCUGAGAGUCAGUGUAAGGAAUAUACAUAAUAACGCUUAUGUCAUGCUCAGCGACCUGAUGCUGUGAUUGUGGCCGUGGCAGUGCGCGUGCACCGGGAAGAUGUCGGUUUGCAGAGCUGAAGCUAUUACGCGUCAUUGAUGCAACUGUGACUGAGAAAACAGGAGAUGGAGACACAUCAAAAGACAAGACUACAGCGGUUUCUGUCAGACCUGGCAAUGUUAGGAUCCUUACAGGGUUUCUAUUAUUUUCAGCCCUGGAUGAGGGGAAAAGAGGAACUGCUGCUAAAUGUUGUCAAUGAAGAUCUUAGAUGGCCUUCUCCUGGGUUUCCUGCCUCACUUGUGUCAUCCUGCACCAGUCCUACUUGCAGUAGCAGUUACAGUUUGGACAGUUACUAUGAAAGCUCCCCAUUACCUGGUGAAGGUCCUCAACCACAACCUAGACCUCAGUCUCCACAGGUCUCUCAACAGCAGCCUAGCAGGAGUAAUGAUUUGCAUCUUCUCCCAGCUUCACCAAGUGAGAGGGAGAUCACUGUGCCAGAAAUGAAUCGCACCCUUUUCUUGUUGACUGCCUAUGCUAAGUAUGGACGGCCAUAUGCAUGGGUAAGAUCCAAUCAUGAACGUUUGGUAAACGUUGGAGGUGCUGACUCGCUUGCCAAAGAUACACCGAUGAAACUCAAAUCUAUUACAGACUCGGAUUUAGCUCCUCAAGGUACGCGGGUGUGGGAUGUGGUUCAUGAGUUGGUGGGUCUGUGCACCAUGCCCCCUCCAGAUAAUCCUUUCUCUCUGGAUAUUUGUUACCUCAAAACCCUUUCACUCCCAGAGCGUUUCUUGACCACUGGAGCCCUCCUUAACUUCUUGGAGAUAAUUGUAGUUCAGGGAAGUCGCAAGGAAUCAUUCUACGAUCUGGUUUUGGAGGAGAUAAAGUCCUUGAGGCAACUCCAUUUUCGCUGUUUUGCUGAACUCCUAAAACACCGUAAUGUUCAGAGGAGGAGCCUCUCAAGCCUGGACUCAGCAGAUAAGCAGCAGUCUUUGACAAACAGCUAUGGCCCUGGAGAUGACCAAACUCAAGAUUUAUACAAAACAACAGUAGCAGGUUCUCAGAGACAAGAACCUAAAUAAUAUUCAGAUGCACAGACACCAGAAGAACUGCAGUGUGUAACAAGGGACACUAAAAUCCUCGAAAUGUGUAAGAAGUAAUCACUAUCUCACCUAGAUUUAAAAACAAUUAGUAUUGUAAGGUUCCUUGGUGGUCUAGUGGUUAGAAUGUGGCGUUCUCACCGCUGCGGCCCGGGUUCGAUCCCCGGUCAGGGAACCGACCCCAGCCACUCUCAAUGCUGGUCCCAAGCCCGGAUAAAUAGGGAGGGUUGCGUUAGGAAGGGCAUCCAGCGUAAAAAUGUGCUAAAUCAAACAUGCUGCUUGGUUUAAUUAUGUAAUUAAUUAAAUUGUUUAUCUGAAGCUUUGUUUUGAAUCAAAUGUAUAUGAUAUAUUGCCAAUGCAAUUACAAUUUAUAGUGCCUGCUUGCCAAAGUGCAGAGUUUAAGAUGCUUAAUGAGGAUUUACAAUCAGCCUUUCAUUAUAUAUGAAACUGUUAAGUGAAAUUUUAUGAGAAAUACAUCAGUGAAGAGAG